AUGAUUGUUAAUCUAAUUAUUGUACCUGUUUUACUUGGUUUAUUUUCACAUUCGCUUGCCGCAGAAGAUCUCUACGACGUCCUCGGUGUGCCCAGAAGUGCGAGCGGUCAGGAAAUUAAAAAAGCUUACAAAAAUCUUGCUAGGGAAUGGCAUCCAGAUAAGAAUGAUGACCCAUCUGCAACGGACAAAUUUACCAAAAUUAAUGAGGCAUAUGAGACACUGAGUGAUUCUGAGCGACGGUCCAGUUAUGAUAAGUUUGGUUACACAUCAGCCCAGGAACAGAGACCCAGGGGUCCAGGAGGUGGGUUCCACCCUUUUGAUGAAUUUUUCCAAGGAGGGUUUGGUGGUUUUGGACCUUUUGGUUUUGGUGGAAGAGAAGGUGGAGGAAUGGACAAGUUUUUGACAACUCUGCAGCAUUAUGAGACCAAGUUACACCCAGGCACCUCAAAAAACCCUUGUUUUAUCUACGCGUAUACAGACCUGUGUUUCAACUGUAUGCGCAUUGAGCCUGUUCUGUUCAAGUUUAUGACUGAGCUUGAGAAUGUUGGUCUGUGCGUUGUCGCAGUCCAUCUCAGACGCUCCCCUGGCCUGGCCAGUCACUUGAGGCUGUACAACGCCCCAAGCCUCCUGGGUGUGGUGUCAGGUCGAAUCACUUUUUAUAAAAACAGCGGCAUUUCCUUCGACUACCUGAAGGACUUUGUCAAGUCCCUGUUCCCAUCUGACACCUUGGUACAGAUUACUGAUGACUCACUGCAAAGUUUCCUGGACGGUUGGAGGGAUAACAGAGUCAGAGCCAUCUUUUUCAGCUCCAAAUCAGAACCUUCUUUAAGAUUUUUAGCUCCGGCAUUUUUUUAUCGGGAUCGCAUUGCUUGUGGAUUUGUGCACACCGGCGAUCCAAAAGCUGAGAAGCUAGUGAAACAGUACGGUGUCAAUAAGUACCGAGAAACUCUGCUUCUGUGGAAUGAAGUGACAGAUUCGACACCGCUGGCCACCAUUGUUCUUCAGCAGUUGUCGAGGUCAACUAUCGAUGAAGUUUUGUCGAACCACAAAUAUCUGGCAUUACCGAGGUUAUCGUCACAGGCGGUCUUUGAUGAUCUCUGCCCACAGGAGUCAAAGAUUAAAAAAAGAAGGCUGUGUGUUGCUCUGGUUACCAAAAAAACAGAUGAACACAACAUUGCCAGGGAAACAUUCAGAGAGUUUGCUCAGACAUCCACCAUACAGAAUGAGCGGGUCAAGUUUGUAUACAUCUAUGAGGAUGUGCAGCACAAUUUUAUCAGGGCUCUCACCAAGGGCAAUGAAACACGCUCCAAAAUUACAGUAGAGGUGGUCAUUAUCUGGAGACUGGACACACACAAGCUGAACUAUGAGUUCCUGGAACAUGGCUGGAGCCUGGAUCCCCAGGCAGUUCCCCAAUCGCGACGGGAACUCGAGGAACGGCUGACUUCCAUUCUGAAUGGGGACAAUCUGCUACCAUACAAGGCAACUGUGCCAGAAUUUUAUAACGAGCAUAUGUUGGGAUUGCUGACAAGAAUUUUGUUCAAACUCUACGACUGGUACGACAGGAUCUUCAUGUACUGUACAAGCUACGAUGGGAUGACUGUCCUGACAGCACUAGCUGCUCUUGGUUUCAUUGUGGCCGUCACCUUCAGCAUGAACAGACUGGCAGCAGCUGAAGCUGAAGAGAUGAAGAAGAAACGGCUGUCAAGGAAGGCCCAGCAGAGGCCUCCUUCUUGCUCCCCAGACAACCAGACGAUUCAUCUGUAUGAGCUGAGGUGUGAGACAUUCCACAACCUGAUAUCUGAAUCAGACACAGGGUUGACGGUAACACUCCUUGUAGACGAGCAUACCAAGGAUAAACUCAUGCGCAGGUUUGCUGAAAUCAUGCAGCCCUUUUCCAGGUACAGCGGCCUGACCUUUGCCUUUCUACAGCUGGAGUACUACCUGGACUGGUACCGCCACCUGCUGGAACUGAGCAUGGACUUCAAGGUCACCCUGGAGUCCAUCAACAACCGGAACUGUGUGGGCACUGUCCUGGCCAUCAACGGCGACCGCAAAUACUACUACAUCUAUCACCCCAAGCGAGCCAGGAAGUGGAUUCGACAUCAGAGAGGUCGUGAUGUUACAAAAGCUGUUGGAUUUGGAGACUCUGAUACAGACUCUUCAAGUGAAGAAGGAAAGUCUAGAGAGGAAGCUGUUAUCUUUGAAGAUGAGCUCCUCUCUGGAUUGUCAAUAUGGAUGGACCGGGUUUUUGAUGGGACUGUGAAGAAAGUCCGCUUACAAUACUGGCCAGAAAUGAGCAAGUGA